AUGACAUCUACCAAGCCCGUCGCUCUCGUCGUCGGUGCCUCACGGGGCAUCGGCCGUCAGGUCGCCGUUGACCUUGGCCGGAAUGGCUACGCUGUCGUCGUUGCUGCCAAAACCAUCAGCGACCCAUCCAAGCCCGCAGGCCCCUUCCCGCCAGACCCCAACUCCUCGGCCUCAACCAUCACCACAGUUGCCAGGGAGAUCACUGAAGCUGGUGGCCAAGCAACGGCCGUCCAAGUCGAUGUCCGCUCCCCUGAGAGUGUCGAUGCUCUCGUGUCCAAAACACUAUCGACAUACGGCCGUCUAGAUGUCCUCGUCUACAACUCAGGCGCCAUCUUCUGGGCCCCCGUGGCGUCUACUCCCGUAAAGCGCUUCCAACUGAUGCAACGCGUCAACCCAGAAGGUCUCUACGCAACAGUCCAAGCUGCUCUUCCCCAUCUCCCCUCCACAGGCCGUAUCGUAGUCGUCAGUCCGCCAAUCUACAGCCGCUUCUUCCGCGGCAAGACGGCAUAUGCCAUGGGCAAGGUGGGAAUGAGUGUUUUGACAAAGGGGCUUGCUAUGGACUUUGAGCGUGAGGGAAAGAAGGACAUGGCUAUCACGAGCAUCUGGCCAGCUGUGGCCAUCGAAUCUGCAGCUACUCAACAGUUCACUACCAAGAACCCAGACGAAGCCAACGACCUACGCAAGGCAACCAUCUUUUCCGAUGCCAUCCUCGCCAUCCUCCAGGCUUCCCCCUCUGUCGUCAACGGUGAACUCCUCCUCGACGAGGACUUUCUCCGUGAGCACGCCGGAGUCACAGACUUUUCCAAGUACAACGUUAUCCCGGGAACCACACCCCGUCGUAUCAUGCCCCAAAAGCUGCCAGACCUCACGGUGGCCGAGCAGGCUGAUGAAGGAAAGCGAUAUGAUAGCACCAAAGCCAAGUUGUAA